CUUCUUAAAUCUAAUGAGUUAGCGACAGUGUGUGGUUGUCAGAUGAACAAUCUCUCUCUCUCUCCCCUCCUGAUCUUCCCCUUCUAUCCCUGUGUACUCUCUAAAGACAAGGGCCUUUUUGUGUGAAAGGGAAAUCAUAGGACUCACAUGCUUUGGAAGAGAGAAAGUGAGUGAUCACAGCAAAGGGCAGGGUUGUUCAGAAAAGAAGAACAUUUAGAGGAGCGGACUGAAGUCACCUUGAGCUGGAUAAAGACUUCAGAACCAGACAGCUGUGAGCUAGACUGGACCACACCGGACAGGAUACAUAAAACAUGGAGAAUGGCAAAACAGAAACAGAAGACCAGACGGAAGGUGUUUCAGAAGUUAAAGAAGAAACUGUGGAGGAAGCUAACAUAGAGAUUGCUCAGCUGCAGGGCCUGGUGGCUGAGCUGCGCGAGGGGCUCCAGGCUGCUUUGACGGAGCUGUGUGAGCUGCGUCAGAGGGACCACGGCCUGGAGGAGAAGCUCCGGGCCGUUCAGACUGAUGUGGAUGAUAAGAUUAUGGGCCUCAAGAACUUGCUCAACACUUUCAAGGAAGAGCUCAAUGUGGCUUUGCUCCACAUAAAGGAUGUGUCAAGCAGACAGAGGGAGGUGCAGAAGAGGAUAGAACUGUUUCAGUCAGAAAACACCAGAGACAUCAUCUCUGUUCCACAAAGCCAGCCAGACCUCAGUGUUAUUCAACACUUCUUUUCCAGUCUGCCAAAUAGCAGCUCACCACAGAGGAGCAGCACAUCCACACAGACCUCUACGUCUGAACAGGAGGCUCAGCAGCAGAGAGGUUGUCCAUCUCGAUCUCCAGCAUGGGGAGAAAGGAAGAAUAGCAGAGACGACACAGAGACCGCCAACAGCCAAACUGAAAACAGUAAGAGACAGAGAGUGGCUCUCGAGUUGCUGGAGUCAGAGAGAAUUUAUGUGUCCCACCUGUCGCUGUUACUGAAGGCCAACAUCUCCUUUAAUGGAUCAGAAGCUCUCACCUCCAAAGACAAACGUCCGUUUCCCAGCACGCUGAGGUUUCUGAUCCAGCAGCACCUUGACCUCCUCCAUACUCUCCAGGAGCGUGUGCUCAAGAGCCAGUGGCAAGGCAUCAUGGGAGAUGUGUUCAUGAGGCUUACCAGCAAAGAGAGUGACUUCUUGGACUUUUAUGUGUCCUACCUGAAGGAGCUUCCAGACUGUCUGUCAGUCGUCACCAUGCUUGCCUCAACCUCAAUGAAAUCGUCUGCCUUCCUGGAGAGCGAAAUAAUGGGUGAUGAAUCCAAACCCUCCCUCCACACUCUGCUUCUACAGCCGGUUCAGAGGAUCCCUGAGUACCUGCUCCUGCUACAGGGGCUGCUAAGGCAGACACACAUAGAGCACCCAGACUAUUACCUGCUGCUGGUGGGCAUCCAGCAGUUCAGGUCCUUCAUGGCUCAGUACCACCACCUCCUCCAGCACAACCAGGAGCUUCUGCUGCACAACCGCAAAGAGGUGAAGAGGUCUACCAUGAAACAGCUGUUGAAGACAGUAGAAAGUGGGAUUCCAGGUAACAACAUUGGCUCACCGUACCCCUGCAACAGUGCCAUAGAACAUGUCCACCAGGUGAAGCUGAGCAAGCAGCGUCUCCUUGAGCAGAUCCAGUCUCAUCAUUUCCAGGAUCGAGAUCGCGACCAGGAACCCGAAACUCAUUGUUAUGACACAGAGUGGCCCUCCAAGCUCCAAUUCUUCAGCCCUGAGGUGGACUCACGUAGCCACAAACCAACAGGUCUUUGCAGUAUCCCAGAGAGUGAAGCAUCUGAGAGGUCCAUGUCAUGCCAGCAUCAUCUGCCCUCCAGACCGGCAGACUUCUGUCAGGUUCAACCGGGCUCUGCUUUGGCCGAUGCCCUUGGAGAGUUCCUUCUCCCUCCAGACCCUCCAGGGAUGGAGAGCCUCUAUGAAGAGGACAGAAGUUCCCUUCAUGAUGUCUCCAUGUUUGACCGCUGCUCCUCUGCCUCUUCAGAUUCCUCUAUUGACAUUGCUUUUGUAAGGUGCCCCAAAGCCCCUUCGGCAUCACAUCAUGUAAUGGCAGCCAAUGUGCCAACAACCCGAGAUGUCUUUGGCAAUAAUGGAAGCCAUGGGAAUGGUUACAAACUGCCCAACCGAGGAUGUGUGUCGCCGGAUGAAACUGUACUGAUGCGCCGCAAUCAGCAUCGUCCACUUCAGGCCAGCCAGCAAAAAAGCAAGUCACUGAACGGUCUGCAGAUGGACAACACAGUGAGUGGACUGGAUGGUGGUCCUCUAUCAGACCACCUCCAAAGGUUGGGACUGGGAAGCCAUGCCAAGCUGGAGCGCCAGGGCAGUAAAGGCAGCAAGGGGUGUCCCACCCCAUCCCGUAAGGUCCACAGCCCCUUGGCGAACAGAGUGGAUAUCGACAAGCACUCUGAUGAUCUUCAUGGGCUGCUCAGCAUUGACUCCGGAUUCCAAUCAUGGGGAGAAGAGUCAAAAUGGAAAGGCGGGAAAGAGGAGAAUAACCACACCCCAUUCAGCGAGAGGAGUCGAAAGCAGGACAAAGGAGGCUUCAGGAGCUCGUUCAAGAAACUCUUCAAGAAGAAGAGCAGUGAUGAGAAGAAAGAGAAGGGAGGUGAGAAAACACAAGAAAACCAAAACAACGGUGAACAUGAGACACCGGGGAAAAAUCCCAAACUGGUACAGCUGGAGACAAACCGUGGCACAGCUGUAUGAACACCAGUCUAUCACACACAGACUGAUCAAUUAGAAAGUGUAAUACAUACAAGUUUAGGAUAAAAACUGAGGUUGUUUUACAUUUACAACUGCUAUAUAAAUGCUGUACAUGUGUAAGCAACUUAGCUAAGCAACUUUCAUCAUUUCCAAAUAUUAAUGUUUGUAAAGUUUUAAUUGAAAGACAAAAUCCUGCCCUUGACCUUUAUAGUGAGGAAAAGCAUUUGGCAUUGCUGUGGACGCCAUUCAUCAACAAAACAGUACUGAAGAUUUUAGUCUUAGUAAUACAUAAUAGUAAUAGUCUUAGUAAGGGUAUGGUAACACUUGCUCACAUCAAAACACAUACGGCCCUUAGGUUACAUGUGUUUUGUGUCAGCUUCGAUUAAAUGUGACUAUGUAGACCAAAUUAGACCUUUCGUUAAUGAAGAGGUGGUCACAAAUGUGUCCACUAGAGGACAUAGUUUGACACAAUCCAUCCCAUUACUGUAAAUAGCUCUGCCUCCAGUUUUCCAAAAUAUUUUUCAAUGAACAAACUCCUUUUGUUUCCCUUUUUUCAAAUCUGUGCAAAUCUAAUAUAGAGCCUCUUUUGAAGUGUUUAAUAGUUGACAGAUUUGUCUUUCAUUGAGGGAGAAUAGCGCUCUUAACAUGAGUGCUAUUCCUACAUUUUACUGUUUCACCCCUUAACCAGCUCUGACACCUGUUUGCUUAAAGUCUUAAGCCAUAACCAGAAAUAAUUAUAUUGUGCAUAUACUCAGGAGAAAAAAAACCUUAAGCUGUUACAUAUUUUGUGCAUUUUGUUUCAAAAGAAAACAUUCAAUGUUUUUCUUUAUGAUACUU